CUUUAUUUGAAGAACCGCGAUAGCAUUAGAUUAAUUGCUAAUUGGCCAUCUUGCGUAUAUAAGAUAAGGUGAGAAAAUAAACAAUUUUUGACUAAGUCUUUCUCGGUGUAGUUGCACGUUACCAUGGAUACGACUAUUGCUGCCGCAGUGAAGUAAGCGCCCUCUACACUCAGAUGGCACGAGGCUUAACACAUUGAUACUAUCAAGAGCGAUUUAAGGUGGAAGUCAUGUUUCGAGCCAUCGUCCACUUUCGCGACCAAGGAUCGUCUUCCAGACACAAUUCGCCUUCCCUUUCCUCUAACGCUAGUAGUAGCUCGUCGUCAUCUACUGACACGUCCUGUUCUCCCGCUCGUCAUUCUCGACGUAAAAAGUCUUUGCUUUACCAGGUUUUAAUGUCACCUUUGCGCAAGAAGACAGCCUCACGUGCCCAGUCGCCUCCCCGAAUUACACCAGCGAUUAUGGACGCGGGUCAUUUUGCUCAAAGGAAUCCUCAAUUCUAUCAACCUCCUGCUAGUGUUUAUGAUGACGAUCCUGGAAUUAUGUCUGAAGUAGAAACAUCGGCAACUGGUUUCAGAAGAGGCAAUAAAAUUCGUUCCACUCUACCUGUUAUUCAAACUCCUUCGAAAACUCAGGAACAUCCUCUCGGUAAAAAUUGGUUUUGUUUAUUUUACAUAAUCAAUUAUCGAAUUAGAUACAAUGACUUGUUUAAAACAUUUUUAUUUAUUUUGAGAUUGUACGUUUAAUUAACGAUUUGGUUUACAUUCGAAUUAUAUGAAAAAAUUCGACUUAAUUUAAUUACAAUUAUUUGAGCGUUUUUAUUAUAUUAUAAUUAUAAAUUACAAAAGAUUAUCCGUGAAUAUAUCAUUUAAACCUCAAUUUAAAUGAACGCUUUUAAAACAUUAAUGUUAAAAGAUUUAUA